CAAAGGGCAGAGCCAGCCCAGGCCACCUUCAUCCCACCAUCUAAAUCCAUUCUCUCUCUCUUUCAUGUUUAUUUUUGUCUAGAUAUACUCCCAUUCUCACUCUCUUCAAUACUCUCUCUGUGACUCUGUCUCUCUCUCUCUUUCUCUUUCACCCUCUGCAACAAAACUAUCUUUUAGCUUACUUAGCUAAUUUCAUGGCGGUUUUAGUGCUUUUAGUUCUCCUUCUUGGCAUCACUGGCCAUUCUACUGCCAACUGGUGUGUUUGCAAGGACGGUGGAGGCGACGCUGUAUUGCAGAAGACACUGGACUAUGCUUGUGGAGCUGGAGCUGAUUGUAACCCUAUCAAAUCGACCGGGGCGUGUUACAACCCCAACACCGUCAAGGCCCACUGCAGUUUCGCCGUUAACAGCUAUUUCCAGAAGAAGGGUCAAGCUCAAGGCUCUUGUGACUUUUCCGGAACUGCUGCUAUCACUACAACUGAUCCCAGCUCCAAUGGCUGUCAAUACCCUGCUAGCGCCAGCUCUACAGGCACCACCACAGGGACACCAACGACACCAACAACACCUGUUUCAUCAAAUACCCCAACUACCACUAACCCCUCAACCACUAAUCCAACAACCACCACCACUCCAUACACCACGACACCUUCAAAUGGAAUGAUAGGAGGAGUCGGCUCAGGUUCAGGUUUAGGCCCCACCGGAGCAGGCAUCAACACCGAUUACAGUCAUGGUGGGUUGAGACUCGCAAAUUCUGCCUGGUUGUCUUUCUUCGUGACCCUCUUCGUUUCUGGCAUAAUCCUCUUGUGGGGUUAAAGAAUCCAAGGACUAGUUUGCUGUAAGGUUGUUGGUUGUGGUGGUGGGGUAGAGUUGUCAUUGUUGAAGCUGGAUUUCAAUGUGCAUAGGUGGGUAUGCCUGUGGUUCUGUUGUUAAUUAUCUAAAGACAUAUUCUAGCUAAGUUUUUUGUUCUUUUCUUCUUCCCUUCUACUUGGCAAAAAGGAUGAGCUCCUUAUUCCUUCUAGCCUGUGGAAGUUCUCUUGUGCAAUUCUCUUUGUUUUGUACAUCUAGAUCUAGAAAGCAGCUAUUUAUCAUAUUUAUGAGAAAUUUAGAACCUAUGUUCUUAUUUA